AUGAAGCGGAGUCCUGAGAGUGUCAUUGAGAUUGAUGUUCUUCAGGUGGAUGGUGAGGUAUAUUUCCACCGUUUCUUUUGUGCCCUGAAACCAUGCAUUGAUGGCUUCUUAGAAGGUUGUAGGCCUCAUUUGAGCAUAGAUGCAACAGCACUUAAUGGGAGGUGGAAUGGUCACUUGGUUGCAGCUGUAGCAGUUGACGGCCAUAAUUGGAGGUAUCCAGUCGCUUAUGGUUUCAUAGCUCAGGAAACAACAGACAAUUGGACUUGGUUCAUGGAACAAUUAAAGAAAGCUAUAGGCGAUCUUCCACUCCUUGCGGUUUGUUCUGAUGCUUGCAAGGGCUUGGAGAAUGCAGUAAAGACUGUAUUCCCUAAUGCAGAGCAAAGGGAAUGCUUUUAUCAUAUGGUCAGAAACUUCGAGAAGAGAUAUAGAGGAUUUGGCCAGAUAUAUCCUGCUGCAAGGGCUUAUACAGAGGAGAUUUUCUAUGACAAUAUAGCAAAAAUGCUAAGUGAAUCAGCUGCAGCAGUGCAAUGGCUACAGGCCAAUCAUAAGCUAUUAUGGUACAGGUGUGGUUUUAAUCUAGAAAUUAAAUGUGACUAUAUAACUAGUAACAUUGCUGAGUCAUUUAAUAACUGGAUUAGAGACCAUAAGGAUUUACCAGUUGCUGACCUUGCUGAUAAGAUUAGAGAAAUGAUCAUGGUACUGUGGAACAAGAGAAGAAUUAUUGCAUACAGGCUGCCUGAAGGCAAGAUACUCCCAGCUAUUAUGGUUCAGCUAAGGGCAAACACUAGAGGUUUAGGACAUUUGAAACUUGUACCAUGUUCUAACUGGAGUGCAGAGGUGUGGGACCAUAGCGGCGCCGUAUCUGUGAGGCAUAUUGUCAAGCUAGGCCAAAGAACAUGUACUUGUCUUGAAUGGCAGCACAUUGGUAAGCCAUGUCAACAUGCACUAGCCUAUGCAACCCACCAAAGGGGAGUGGAUCUAGAACAGUUUGUGCAUGACUACUACUCUGUGAAUAGAUUCAGAGCUGCUUAUGGUAGAGAAAUUGAGCCAAUGACAGAUAAAACACAGUGGCCACAUGUUGACCUCCCAUUUGGUGUUGGUGCACCUCUGACUAAAUUAUCUGCUGGAAGAAUGAGGAAACUAAGAAUCAAGGGAUGGGAUGAAGGUGGACAUAGGAAGAACAGAAAAUCCAAUGAGGAUGAAUGUGACAAGCGAUGGGAUGAGGGUGAAGGUGACAAUCAAAUUGUUCCAACAAAUGCGAAGGGACAGAAGAUGAUCAGAGGACCUAUGACUUGUAAAAGAUGCGGAGGAAAAGGUCAUAGACAAGCUAGUUCCAAGUGUCCAUUAAAUGGGACCGCCAAAAAGGGGAAGCGUAGACAACCUAGGAAGAAUGUCACAAAAGAAAGAACGGCAGAACCUAGCACUCCACAGAGGCCAACCAGUGAGGAAAUCCUACGUGAUAGUCCAGGAAGAGUCACUAGAAGUAUGCUAGCGACGCUACUUAGAGAGAGCACAUCUUCACAAACUGGUAAAUGUAGCCCAGUGAAGACGCCUACCCCGGUGCCACUAAAAAAGAUGACUCCAAAAAGGAGAAAGCUAAACCUUGGAUGAUGGAGCAUUUUAGUUGCGAUGAGAUGUGAACUCAUGAAUUAUUUUCUAUGAUUUUGACCUUGUUUCGAACUAAAUUAUGGUCUUUUGAGAUGAACUUAUAAUUGUUAUAUUCAUAUUUGUGCAAAAAAUUAU